GUCAAAUUCAAGAUGGAUGGAAUCACGGCAUCGGCGGCGCGCGGCACCAAAUUCUAAACCAAAUAAAAUCAUCACCCGAGCCCGGGGCUGGGUCAGGCACAGAUUGAGGAAAAGAAAGAAAGAGGCUGAGGCGCCGCUCAAUCACUGGGUACAACAGACAAUGGAAGGAUUACUUCACUACAUCAAUCCAGCACAUGCCAUCUCUCUCCUGAGUGCACUUAAUGAGGAUCGCCUAAAGGGCCAGCUUUGUGACGUUGUCCUAAUUGUUGGUGACCAUAAAUUCCGGGCUCACAAGAAUGUUUUGGCUGCUAGCAGCGACUAUUUCCGUUCUUUGUUUACCAAGAAAGAGAACGAAAGCCAGUCGGUCUUCCAGUUAGAUCUCUGUGAAGCAGCAAUCUUUGAGAAUAUUCUAAAUUACAUCUAUUCCUCAUCCCUCUUCAUAGAGAAGAAAAGCCUUUCAGCCAUUCACUCUCUUGGUGGCAAUCUUGGUAUCUCUUUUCUGACCAGCAUCCCAUCACAGACACCUCAGAUUUCCUGUGCCCCAAAUUCUGUCAAGAAGCACAGCAAAGUUGGUGAAGAUCUAAGUAGUGCCCAGCCACGGAGUGUGAUUGUGUGUCAGAGUCGCAGUGACCUUGAUAAAAGUAAUGCUGAGUCUGAAGCAAAGGGAGGGGAUUCAGGUCAGAAAAAGGGACCAUCUGAGGAAAAUCCAAGUCACAGUUUUAAGUCGUCGUCUUUGAAUGUUUUAAGAGCAAAUUCUAAUUCUCUGACCAGAGAUGCUGAUACAACUCACCUUUUGGACGAUAAAGGACAACCUUUGUUAAAAGAUAUUCGUGGAGCUUUAGGUAAUACUAAAUUGCAUUCAUCCUUCAAAUCCCUCGAUGAUCAAAAUAGAUUGAGGUUUUGGUCUGAUAAGAGAAAUUCCUUGAGUGCAGAUGGCACUUCAGGUUUUACUAGCAGUGUUUCUGAGAGGAGGCAAAGUUUGACUGACCUCUUGAUAAAUGGAAAGCCUUUACCGAGGCCACAACUUUCACCUGCAUUUUCAUUUCAUGGAACUACAGGACUUGAAUAUUCCCAACAAAAACCUGGGAGCACAGUAAAUGCUGGCAAAACUGAAGAAAGCAAUUUGCUAUAUUACACCAAAGUAGGGCCUAUGGUUCAACCUGGAAGAUUGCCACCCAGCAGCCAGAGUGUUGUCAGCAGUGGCCCAUUGGUGAAGAGUCUCCUACGUAGGUCACUGUCAAUGGAUAGCCAAGUCCCUUCCUACUCUUCAUCUCUAGAUCUGAAAAUGACCUACGGAUCACAGAUCUGUAAACGGGAACCAUUGGAGUUGACUUGUGAUGCAUCAUCCCAAAAGCCUUCGAUUACAGAGUCAAUUAAACAGCAGCUUCUAAAGGAAAAACCAAAGGUUGAUCAGUCUUGUCGACCAAAACAACUUAAGGUGUCUCAGGCUACUGAAGCUGAUGCCAUCUCUCUGACUUCAGCUGUUAAAGUAAAAACAGAGCCCUGCAGUCCUGCCUCAGAUACUUCUGAUAUAAUUACAGUUACAGUAGGAGAAACCUCACCAUGUACCAGUAAGGAAUUUGCUGUGAAAAAUGUGGAGAGGAACAGAAGAACAUCAAUGCUCCCAAUGAAGAGGAGGUUCUUGGCUGAAAAUGCACAACUUUCUUAUGAAAAAUCAGAAACUUUGCAGCAUUCUCCCAAUAUAGCACAGAGCUUUGAGGAAAAUUCAAGCUCGACAGCAGAUGAUACUAAUCUUAAUUUGUCAAAGACUGAUGAGAACAAAGAUGAAUAUUCAGAAUCUGAAUCAGCAAUAACUGGCAAGCAGUUCAAAUGCAUGACCUGCUUCAAGAUUUUCCGAUCCACAGCAGGUCUUUUCCGGCAUGUGGAUAUGUAUCAUAACCCACAUAAGCCAUAUGCAUGUGAUAUCUGCCACAAGAGAUUUCUCACCAAUUUCAAAGUUUGGACUCACUGCCAAACUCAACAUGGAGUGGUUAUCAACCCAUCAGCAGCUACCAGUUCCAGUCUAGUUCCAGAAGAAAAAUUUCAAAAGAAAUUGAAUGAUAUGAUGCGCGAAAGAGAGAUCAAGAAGGCUCUAUUUCACAAGUUGCGGCGUAGGCAGGGGUCUCAUAGUUACCCAGGCCUGCGGUCAGAACAAGCAUUCAAAAAAAAUUUGAAAUCUGCAAGUAAGGGAGUGUACAUUUGUACUACAUGUGGAAAGUUAUUUCGUUUUCUGUCACGUUAUAGGCAACACAUGAAGACCCACCCAGGUGAGAAGCCCUUUGUUUGCAAGCUAUAUAACAGGGCUUUCAAAUCAAAAGAACAAACUGUUACUGAAAGUGUAAGUGAAGAUAAUAUUGAGCAUCAGUGUGAACAUUGUAAUACCAAAAUGUCAUCCUUAGCAGAGAAGACAAAGCAUGAGAGAAUCUGUAGGAAUGUUACUGUGUGCUGCUACUGUAGCCUUAGGUUCUGUUCUAGAGAACUGAAACAGGAGCAUGAAAAUCAGUGUGAAUAUAAGAAGUUAACUUGUCUCGAAUGUAAACGUACAUUCAAGUCAUCAUUCAGCAUAUGGCGUCAUCAAAUUGAAGUUCACAAUGAAAACACAAUGGCACCAGUCGAAAAAUCUAAUUUGGAUUCAAUAUGUCAUAAUGGUGUCUUGCCUAAAGAAGUUCAGACUGAAGCAGGAGAGGAUGCUGUUGUCAGUCCUAGUACAUCAAAAGAGUAUGAUGCCUGCAGUGACUCUUCAGAGCCAAUGUAUGUUGACUCUGAAGAUUCUUCUUGCUUUCCUGAAGAUUUGAGUAUCUCUAAUCGGAGGAAUAUAAGCAGUAACAACCAUUUACCUGAUGUAGCUUCCACAAAUCCCAUUCAUCUGGAAGAUGUGACGUCAGAAUCCAAGAGUUGUAGUAGUGGGGAACCAGAGGACCUGACAUGCAAAGGAGAGCGUGGUCUUUGGCCAUGUGAAAAAUGUGGCAAGAUUUUCACAAUACACAAGCAACUGGAGCGUCAUCAGGAAUUGCUGUGUGCUGUUAAGCCAUUUAUUUGCCACGUUUGCCAUAAAGCCUUCCGUACCAACUUCCGCCUCUGGAGCCACUUUCAGUCCCAUAUCUCUCAAUCCGCAGACCGCCUUGAAUUUUCUAAACCUGUGAGGAGCCCUUCUUGUCCACCACCUCCCCCUCCACCACCACUCCCCGUGCCACCCCAGGAACAGUCUCCUGAAUCUGAACAAUCCUCAAAUCAUUCAGACAAAAUAGGUAGCCCACAGGCAGCAGAUACACUUUUUACCCAUGCCCCUCCUCUUGCAGCAGCUACCUUCGAAAGGCCAUUCAUGUGCAAAUUUUGCCGUAGGACUUUCAAAACUGCAUUCAGUCUGUGGAGCCAUGAACAGACACACAACUGAAAUUAAGAUUCAAAUCUAUGAUUUAUUUGGAAUUCCACUAGAUUAAUAUCUAAAGAUAACUUGGAAGCAGGUGUGCCAUGGACUGAAUGAAUAUACGGCAAUAUAAUGCACAAUCUAUUCUCUGGAAGUUUAGGAAAAUUGAGUUAGUUAAGAAAAGUGUAAGGUAAAAUAUGAAAUUGAUAUUACUGAUGGAACAAAGUAAAACCUAGAAUUUUUAAAAAAUCACCACACUUGUUACUUGGGUGCUACAUCGAAGCAUAUUUUUUAUAUGAUGGGAAUUUGCCAGUGUUACACAAUCAUUGCUUUAAAUGGGACUGGCUGAAUAUCAUUGAACUGAUCCAAACAUUGAGAUGGAUCCUUUAAGAUGUAUGUUUUUAAUAUUCAGUAAUAUAUAUGAGGCUCAGUAAUAUCACGAAGGCAAUUGUGUUCUGUUAACAUUCACCGGUUCAGCCGUUUUGAUUGACUGGGUUCAGUGGAAAUGAAGAAUGACCAUUUUGACCAGGUUUGUUUUUUCAGCACAAGUAUGAUGCUGAAAGUGGUUUCUGCACUAGUUAAGACCCAAGAUAUAACCUGAAGCUCAAGGAUCAGUUAGCAUGGGUUUACUUGUAAGUGGCUCAUGGAAUUAUUGGGAUUUUCUGCAAGUAAUGGGCUUCAGCCAAACUGCAGAUUGGAGUAAAAACUGGAGCUUGAAUGUUAAUUACACCUACCCAUUUAGCAGCAUGGAUGGGAGUCUACUGCAAGCAGAGGCCUCUUAACUAAUCUGACUCUAAAAGAUUUUCAGUCUGAAGCCGGAGAGGGCUAAAUUUUAUUCUUUUUCAUGCUUUGAUAUCUGUGCUCACAUCCAUCCUGUGAUUUCUUUUUUAUAUAUCAUCUGUUAGGGAACAGUACUUCCAUUGUAGUGUUGAACGCACAGUGACAUUCUUGAAAUCCUGAACUGUGACCAAAUCAAAGGUAGCAGACAUCAAAUGGGAGUUCUGAAUGAUGUGAGCUAAACCUAACGAGAAAAGAAACAAAAUGCUAUCUCAGAACGAAAUUUGUCCGCCUUCAGCUCUGAGCUAUGUGAAAGAUGGUCACAUUAGCUAUACUGGAGGGUAGCAGAACAGGUGUAGUACAGCAUAACCAUUCUCACACCUCCAGUUCCCCUUCACAUGAUGAGUAAUUUUGAACUGUCUCCACUUUUUGGAGUUGUUUGCUUAACAACUAUGGAUAAUUCAAAAACAAAAUUACAGUAAAUCAAAAGUGAGUGAAAGAAAGAUUUGUUACAACUGUUGACAUCAGGGAAGAAGAUAUAUCCUUCAGAAUCAUGAGCCAAACACCAUGUGGAGGCCAAUUUUUCGUUAAUAAGUAUUUUGUAUUAUAAAUUAACGUAAUAGUGAAACGUAGUGACCCAUAAAAUGGAGCAUUAGACUUAACUUUGUUUCUGUAGAAUAUACUCAGGAAGGGGUAAUGUCCAGAGCGGGAGGAUGGGUGACUUAGUGGUUUUUCUAUUUGUGCCAGGUUCUAAGAAUUAAGAUUUCCUUAGAAUCUGCCAGUGGCUGAAAUUUGUCAUCUCAACAUCCUCCACACCAGCUCCAAGUUUAUGCUUCACGUAAUUAAAUUGUUUAGCAUAGAACAAGUACAAAUACAUCUAGUUAGCCUGUGUUUGACAUUCAAAUGUGGAUUUUAACAGUAUUCCACUGAAGGGAUAAUACUGUAUCAACAUCAAACUAUUAUGUCCAAUUCAUAAUUUCUGAGUCAAUGCAUGCCCCGCCCCCAGCCAUUGUGAUUGAUAUAAAAUGCUUUGGUACUGAGUCUUUCUCAUCUUCUCUAAUUGAGGAAACUAAAACUUUCAGCAACACUGACAGGACUAUCAUAAAUUGUGUUAUCAUAAAUAUCAUGCAACAUUCUAUUUAAUCGUAUUAUUACAAGAGAGGCUCAUGUAAUUGUUUGUUGUAAUGAAACAUUUCCUUUAUAACCAUCAUUUAUUGUAAAAGGCAAUUUGGAGUUUGCACCAUUCAAGUUUAUCAACUUACUACUUAAAUUUCUGAAUUUAGUACUGCACAGUACUCUGAACACCAAAUUGCUCACAAACGGUCUUGAAAAUUCUGUUUCCAUUUAGACUUGUAACCUACUUCAGUAAACCUUAUGUGAAGUUUUAAUGGAGAGCCCUCUAUUUUAUUUUAGCUUGAAACAUCAUUCUCCUGUACUGAAACCUUGUAAUGUUGAGAGCUCUGUAGCUACAAAUUGUGUAGGAUUUAUUGUAGCCCAUCAUGAUGAUGUUUGAGUGGCUUUGUGUCAAUCUCCCUGCAGCAGCCAAACCUAGAUUAGGCAGGGCACAGGGGGCUAACACACAAUUGUGGCACAGUAUAAAUUCAACUGAUUAUUGAAUCACUUGUCAUCCAUUAUCCCUGAGCCCACAAUUUUGUUGUAAUUCUAAGAACCGGUAUUCUCCAAGGAGUGAGGGGAGUUGAGUCAUGGGGUUUUCCAUUAUCCCCAACCAAGGAACCUGGCAUGAACCACAGUGGUGGUGGCUGAAAAUCGCCCUUUUGCUCUUGCCUCCAGCUGCGUCUUUUUUUGCCUGUGGCUCCAUCAUGAUCUUAGGCCUCUUGUGGGUGCAGUAUUGCAAACUAUCAUUUGGUCCCCCUGGUGAGAUUGCCAUGAUGAACUGCCACAUAUUGAUUGUCAUCUCAGAAAUCAAAUUUCCGCUGAUGGAUAUCUGAAAGUGUGGAGGAAAAGUGCAGAAGGCCUGAAAAUGUUAGGCCUGAGACUUGAUUCCAUCAGACCUCUUUCACAGAACUGAACUCCUGCUGCUGCUUCUCUGAUAAUGAGUGAGACCCCCAUCCAGCUGACCAUGUCGUAUCCAUUGCCAUUUCAUUUUAAAGGUUCUUUUCAUAACUAAUGCUAUUAUGAGACAAAUCUGUAAGAUUCAACUGAAGAAAGCAUAUGUGCCAAUCUGCUAACUGAAGCUAAGAUUGGCUGUGAUCCUUGAACUAACUGUGGGCAACAAGUCUAAUGAUUAACUGGUGUGUAAUGUUUUUGCAAGCCUUCAGCACUAGCUUCACUUUACUAUUGGUUAAUCUUUCACCACUCUUCAUGACUAACCUGAAUGCGGAGGGAAGAAAAGUAAAGGUACGCUUAACAAUAAAGGUGGCAUAUAUUUAAACAUGUCAAUUCUUCCUGCCAAAGAGUUAGUCAUGUUCAUUUAAUGAUGAAAUGUUUGCCUUUAAAGCAGCAGAAAAGAUUCACAACAGUUGGGGAAGUUUUAUCUUGGCAAGUUGCAGAUAAUCCCUUUUUUAAUCAUUUAUUUGUACAGGAGAGGGGAAGGAAAUAGCAUGAUCUUGAUGUAAUUUGCAGGAAGGCGUGUUUAACAUAAGCGCUACAACUGAAAUUGAUCACUAUAUACUUGUGGUGUCAGUGUUGGUUUCACUUGCACUUUUUAAAUUAUUAACAUUGCCAAAUUUUGACCAUUACUUCCAGGUCUAUUUUUGUUUCAUUUUUAUGUAUUAAAUUUAAGGCUGUCCUCGCUUCUGCUGUUUUUCAAUUUAUUUUUGUACAGAUAAAAUCGAUGAAAUAGGUUAGAUUACUAGCGGUUAAAAAGAACACAUGCUUCAGUUUGAAAAUGAAAACAGAAGGUUAUGAAAUUCAGCCACAAUUUUCUGAACCCAUGGUCCAUCUUUCCCUCCAAAUGCUGAAUGAAUUGGUGGCCAAUUUCAUGAUUUUCUAUUUUUGUUUUUGAAAGUCAAGCAUUUGUUUCUUUUCAUUUUCAGCAUGUCCCAUGUACCUCUCUCUCCAUUGAAUGAUAUCAACCCAACAUGUUAAUCUCUCUGAUAUUAACAUGUCUGCUAUUUAUUUUCCAUAUUUGUUAAUUUCAAAUCUGUAUAAUACUUGCACCAGUUGGUUUUGAAGCUUCUAAUGAAUAAUGCGUGUUUGGUUAUAGAUAAUGGCAGCUUGUUUUAUGGGAUGCUCACACUUUCAUUACAGUAAUAUUGGGGGAAUUUACUGUCCACUUUAAUUUUUUUAAAUAAUUAACAUUUUUCUACUCCAGCUUUUAGAUAAUCAUCAAGGUGCAUUCAAAUAUGUAAGCGUUGUUCUGCAUCUUAUGAAGAUUUGAUGCUAGUGUAUGCUGAGUCAGCUGAUCCCACAUAAGACAGUAGUAAAAGUGCUACAAUUUGCUACAACACCCAUGUUUUGCUGCUGUUUAUUGUAUUCAGUGACCCCAAAUGACACUUGUACUAUCCUCAACAUCAGUUGAGAGCAUCAUCGGCUUUGCCUGUGAUUUCCCUUCUUUCUUCUCACUGUUCUACCCCUUGUCAUGCGUAAAGAUUGACAACUUGGCUGUCUUCAAGAUACAAUGAAAACUUGAAAGAAGAGGAUUUUUUAAAUCUGUAAAAUGACUUCAGAAUAAAUUGACUUUUAUUAUGUUUAUUUAGGAUGUCUUUAAUCAAGAACUCAAAUCUGGAAUAUUCUCUCAUGAUUUGAUGUGUACACAGUUAAUUAUUUUUAAAGAAAUGCCCAGUUUGUUAUUUGUCCUCUCUCAAAAUCAUCUUUUUGAUCUGGUAAAGGAAUCAAAGAGUUGAAAUGUUUCUUAUGGUUUUUGGCGCAGUGAAAAAAAAUUUGUUCAUGGACUUUUACUUACCGUGCUGUGAUUGAACUUUGGGAGCUUGACUUGACCAUUGUUUUGUUUGCCUGAAGAUCUUCUGGUAUUUGCGCUUCAUCAAUGUUACCACAGUAUUAGGAUAUCAGGAAAGCAGAAUUUACAUCAAUUGCCCAGUAAGUGCACAGUCUCUAAAUUUGUAUAUUCCUGAAGGCCUGGCAUAACCGGGUGAUUCAGAAUUCUUCAACCCCGACCCACACAUUAGUUACAUUUUAAUGUUCAGUUCAGCCCACAGCGGUGGUGAGAAAUUUCUAGGAUUCCAGUAUACAUUUGCACUCUUUCAAAUUUCUCCAGUCUCCAAAACUGGCUGGUAAUUUUCCUAAUUGGCUAGUGAGAAAAGACUUGUGGUAAAGAGUUAAUCCUUUUCCCUGUAAUCUGUCUGAUGUCAAGCAAGAGAAAAGAUUAAGAACACCAACAGUUCAAACUCUAAUUGACAAAAAAAACUCUUAUGUGGAGGGAUGAACUAUAUUGCAAGAUUUCAUUGCAUUUAUUGUUGAGAUGAUUCAGCUUAGAAACAUUUUCCAUGUCAUAUAGAGGAAAUAAUUAAUUAUGCUAGUGGCAGACAUGUUCUGUUUUCCCCAUUUUUCUAUUUUGAUUUAUGUUGAUGGAGUUUAUUAACUCCAAGUUUAGUAACUUCAUAAAUUCUUUGUAUUCCUUUUUAUGUUAAAGCAUUGCUUUAACAUUGCUAUAAUCUUCAUUGCAGCAUGCCAUAUUGAUACAGAGUUGAUUUCUAAUGUGCAUCCUGAUUAAUGAAUUUGUCGCAUUAGCCAGUUUACAACUUGCAGUUUUUUCUUGCUUUGAUGCAUCAACAAAACACAAUUGAAAGUGCAUGUAAUCAUUUACUUUGGAAUAUAUCCUUUGAUCUUGGAUGGAGAUCAUAAUACUGUCUGUUUUUUUUCUUAGUUGAUCGUAAUGGCAAUCAAAUUUGAACUUGACUAAUAUUGACAGUCAUGGUACUGCUUAUGCCUCAGCUUUAAAUGCACCAUGUGAAGGUCAAGAGGGUCCUAAAUCUGAUUUUUGUACAAGAGAAUAGAUUGAAGUGGUAUGGUUGUCUUAAAUAUUUCUAAGCUAAGACAAAAAUCUGACAUUGCUCCUACUUCUAAUAACUCUGUAGUGAUUAGUAAUAGAAAAUCUCUUGUACAGAUGAUGGAUGGAUGGAUGAAUGACUGACUGACUGGUUUUCCCCAGUAGUGGAAAAGCUUGCUGGGUGCAUCUUGGUGAGAAAGCUGUCACUUUUUGAAAGCACUGAAGAAUUUGUGUUGCCUUUCAGUCAGAAUUAGUUACUACUUUUGGGGAGAAAAAGUGUGCUUUGGGGAGAGAGGAUUAAAAUAAAGUAUAUAUUUAAAAUCAAGUCAUUAAAUUGGAGACUGUCUGUCUGUCUUUUCAAACUCCUUGAGAAAUGGUUUACUAUGACAAUGUAGGAAGCCUCUGUAUAUGUUCUGUGAACAAUGUUUGCUAUCAUAAUUGCUUUGUUGAUUCUCAGGAGACUGCUAAUUCAUUCAAGCUUUAGUUGAAUCGUUUUAAUAGAAAAAAAUGAUCAUGACAAAAUCUGGUUUUGUGGCAUUGUAACUAAUACUUUUUCUGGUAAGCAAAAUACUCUAAAAUAAGUUAGACAGUGAUGUAACUGACAUUAUAUAGUACAAAUUCUGAGUCACCGUACGACACCCUUCAGUGUUGGUGUCUUGGGUCCAGUAAUGGUACUUUUCCAUUUGCCAUCACAUAAAUAAUUUAGUCUUUAGCUGCAGUUGAACAUUACAAAUAGAAUGUAGAGCUGCAUAAUGGUGGAAGUAAGUCAAAUAAAGUAGCUAUCGAACUAUGUGGAGUUGUAGUCAGGUCACAACUGGAAUUUUGCUCAGAGUUCCAGUUAUCCAGAGGCAGUAGAAGCAUUCAGUGCAGAAGACAACAUGGAGAAUAGCUAUAAGCUUGAUACCUAGUGACAGAUUCCAAGUUAUGAGGGAAGACUUGGAGCUGAAGGACAGGUGUUCAGCCUGAAAAGAAAGCUAUAUAAUCUUAUGAAGACGUGAAAGUUUAAGAGUACGUUGAAAGUAGAACUGGGUUAGGUUGGGGGGUGGGGGGAAUGCAAGUGGGAUAUUGAAGUUCCUAAAUUUAACUUCAGGACUGUCACUAGCAAAUGCUUUUCCGUGACUGAUGAAUGUGGACAAUGGACUUCCAAAUAGUGUAAUGUCAGCAAAAAUAUCCUGGGAUUAUUUUGAGAAUACAAUUGAAUUCUACAGUUGCAAGUAUCAGGGCUGCUGGAUUUUUGAAUUAAGUUUCACACAUGGAUGUCUUCAUCUGUUUUUAUCUUGUCAUUGAGAAAAUACAGGUUUGAUAGAGAUGUUUAUAACGCAUACGACCAGGAACUUGUUAUUUUUCAAUAAUUGGAGAAUGGCAAAAGAAAUGAGAGGGAGGAGGUACAUAAUAUUAUUUGCAAAGAAAGUUUUUUAAGGUUUGUUGCUAACAUAAUAUUAAAGUGCUAAGUGAUCUAACCUGCUGAUAAGAUUUCCACACAAGAUAAACUUAUGCAAGUAUUUUUGUGUGCGCAGGUCACUUGUGCAGCAGCCCACAGGUUACUUGUGUUACUUUCUGAGAAUCCACAGGACAAUUGGUAUCAGAAAUUUGUGUUGCUCCAUUUAAGUAUUGCAUCUGAGUUGUGAUUGUAGUUGAGCCUUGUUAAUCCUCUCUCUGUUAUUCUUAGAAGCGCUUGAUGUUCACACUUUUUUAUUUGAGAAAUGAAAUGUACUUUUCUAUAAAUAAUUUCUUCUGUGAUCUUGACAUGGUAGAGAUCGUUUCGUGAACUUACCAAGGAAAUUAAGUAUUGUGAAUGAAAAUCCACCAAGUAACCUUGGUGCCACACAAACGCCAGGCAAUGAUCAUCUCCAAUAAAAGAUAAUCUAACCAUUUCCCCUUGACAUUCAAUGCCAUUGCCAUCACUGAACCCCCGUUAUCAACAUCCUGAAGUUUCUAUCGAAAUUGAACUGGACUAUCCAUAGAAAUACAGUGGCUACAACAGCAAGUCAGAUGCUAAGAAUCCUACAGCAAUUAACUUGCUUCCUGACUCCCCAUAUCCUGUCCACCAUCAACAAAGCACAUCAGGAGUCUGAUUUGAAUACUCCGCACCUGCCUGGAUUAGUGCAUCUUGAAGCAAGAAACUUGACACCAUCCAGCACAGAGCAGCUGACCCAAAAGACCCAGCCCACAAACCUCCACUUUUUCUGCCACCUUUGCUCAGUAACAGCAGAGUGGGCCAUCUGUAGGAUGCAGAGCAGAAAUUCAUCAAAGCUUCUUGGCCUGCACCUUCCAAACCUACAAUCACUAUCAUUUAAAAGGACAAGGGCAGCAGACCACCACCAGUGAGAUCCCUUCCAAGCAAUUUACCAUCCUUAUUUGGCAAUAUAAAUUUAUCAUAUUACCUCAGUGCAACCCUGCAUUGUCAGCCUGGAAGAUUUGUGCUGAACUCAUUGGUUUGGGGCUUGAACCUACAAUGUACUAGGUUCUGAUCUCUUUCAUGUAUGUAAAAUUGCUCCUUUUGUUUUUGUUGGCAUGUUUUAAGAAUUCAGAAGUAGGGAGAGGGACACCAGUGAUACUUGGGGAAGGUUUAUGUUGCAAUGCAUUUGGCUGGAAAGCAAAUAAAAACAAAACUCUUGGAACCUGUGGACGAAUGCAUCCUGCACAUUUCUUUGCUUGUUUUUCUCUCUUUACAGUGUUGAGCAAUUUAAAUUGCUGCCAUUGAUUUUAUAGUUGAUAUUUUCUGUUACAAAUCAAAUUGCAGUUUUAUUUUGAGCUUCUGUGUUACAGGAUUUUUUUUAUUUAUCUGAAUUGGUGCUUGCAAUUACAUUGCCAAAUUUAUGGCUACACCUGCUUUUAACAGUGUAUUAGGAUGAGGUGUUUGAAAUCAUCUCAGACCAUAGAUUAUACUACAAAGUCAUUGGAAAAAUCCGUUGGUGGAGCUAUCCCUUUUGCUUUUGUAUUACGUUGUACAAGUAUGUAGUGUAUGCAAGUUCCUGUGCACAGUGUCACACUGACAGUCUUUAUCUUGUUUCUUUUGAAUAUGUGAACCUGUUUUCAAAGCUGACUUACUUUUAUUAAGCAACGUGCCCAAAAACACUACAUAGUCCUGAUCUAUCUUUAGGUUUGUUGCAUGACACUUGCAUUUGUGGUGGUGUUAUCUGGAACAUUUAAAUACUUCAGUGAGUCAUAGACUCUACUAUUUCCGUAAGUGUCCCCCAACUGUCAGCCUAGUUCAGUCAAAGCAAGCCGUUGAAAACAACUCUUAAUGCGUUGCAGGGGGUUUGGGGGGGAAAAAAAAGGCUGAAAUCACAUGGUUCCAUUCUUGUUUCACCUUUUUGUGAUUUGGAUUGCACACUAUAUGAAAUUAUUCUUCCUCCAUUCUGCACUGCCAGCCAGACAUGCUCAGUUGGACGUGUAUUUCGGCAGCAGCAACCCAGUUCACAGUCGGCGUGAAACUCAACACAAAACAGCCUAUGACUUUGCACUAAAAUUUGAGUUGGUUAAUAUGGGGAAAAUAUCUCACUGUGCUCUUUGGGUUUGGAUUGGCGGGCUUUGUGAGACAGACAGAUGGUUCUGUACUGUGCGACCAAUCUGUUAUGUAACUGAGCUUGGAAUUCUUAUUGCUGAAACUGAUUGCCAAAUGGUAAAAUGUGUUCAUUUCACAGCCUCGCAAUCCCUCACAAAAACUGAGAAAGCAAAAAUUAACAGGUGAAUGGACUUGAAUGAAUUACUUAACCAUGAUUGAUUCACUGCAUAUAAAGGGAUAUAUGGGUGCUUGGGUGCACUGAUAUUGACCCUAUCUUCUGGGCCAGAAGGUCCAGUUUCAAGUUCCACCUGCCCUGGAAGUGUCAUAAUUUAUGAAAGCUGAGUAAAAAUAAUUUGCACCAAAAAUAAAUGGAUCACUGUUGUAUCUAAGUGCCUGCAGAUAGGCUUCAUAAUUGAAGAGUAUAAAGAUGUAAUGAUCUUUGCAGAAAAUGAAUGUAUUGCAGUUUUUGUACUCGGUUAAAUACAUGUCUGUCAGGCGAGGGGGGAAAAAAACUGCUUGACCAUGCGAUAACAAGGAAAUAAAUUGUUAUUGAUAUUUGGAACCUGAGAUGAUAAUAUAGUUCUAAGAGAUUUGUGUUUAGAGAAAUUAGAAUAUAAUCAGGAUUAAUUAUUGUAACUUUAUUUCCUUCAGGUUUUACCUCCCUGUCCAUGAAUUUGCAAUUAACUUUUUAAAAAAGUAACUUUCUUGUGUUUUUAAAUAAUCAUGGUUUUCAUUUUUUUUUCCCUCCAAGUUAUUCUGAUCUCUUUUUUUCCUCCUGCUGGGAAAAGAGAAAAUCCAUUCUUGCCUAAAUGAUUUUCAUUAGAACCAGGCUGUGAAGAAAAGUUCUGUGUUUCCUCAUGCAGUUCACUGCUUGUGAUCAUACUCCACUGCACUCCAUUUCAGCAAUUUUCCAGUACACACACUUCUGGCAAGAUGUACAUGUGGAUGGUCUAGAUUAGCUUUUUUUAAUUCAUGCUCCCUGCCAUUGCUGCUCAAAAUUGUCUAGAAAGGAGGCUACCUAUCAGUUCCCACUUCUAGACAGUCCAGGUUUCUGAGUUAGCCAAAAUUUUCUAAUCCAAUUUAAAUUGGACACCUCUUAAACAUUUUUCUCCUUCCACUCUCUAGUGUCUUGCUUUUGUUAUUCCAAUGAGUAUUUUUAUGAGCUGAGAAAAUCUCUGAAUUUGAGGAAUAAUCAUGUCCCUGCUUCUAUUCUGCACUGAAAGAUUCUUAAUCUGUCUUCUUUAUGUAUCAUUUGUUUCUUUCAUAUUAAUUCACACGCACCCUAACAUGUUGAACUCUCUGCAACCGUAAUGCAACACUUGCCAAUAUAUAGUUGGAACUUUCCUCAGAUUAAAAAAAAUGAAUUAACCUAGCAAAAUUUGUUUCCAGGGCUUGGAAUUUGGUGUUUUUCUCUUGGCAAAUCUCUGUAGGGAUCUCCAAAUAUUUACUCCGAUCAGAAGAAAUAACUACACUAAUUUUGCCUUAUUCUAAUUAAUUCAUAGCUGUUAGAAGGACAAGUAGUAAGUCUAGUUGAAUUAAUUACUCCUUGGAACAAGCAAAAACCAGACCCAGCUAUAUAUGAAAGCUUAAGAUAGGCAAGCCUGAACAGAUUUCUAUAAUUAUGAAUGAAGGUUCAGGCAAAGGAAAGGAGAAAACAGUAUUUAUUAUCCUCUUGCUUCGCUUUAAUCAAACACCAUACCUGGAGAAUGAACUGUUUCAAAGCCUGUCCCAGUGCCACUCUAAAAACACAUACUUGAUAACGUGCAGAAGCAUAUGAAAGCAAAUUAUCUUGGCUUGUUUUUCCUCUACACUGAGAAAUGCAUCUGCAACUUCCCUUCAGUGAGGCACCUGCCUUUCACUACAGACCAAACACAGAAUUGGCAUUUGCUUCCUUGUUCCCUUCUUCUUGCUUUAAAAACGUAGCAUUUUCCUUAGCUUUUGUCUUAUGUUCUCCACUGUUUACCUCUUACCACUGCUAAAAUCUUUAGGUGAGGAAUUGGAACAUUAAUUCUCUAUUGCCAAUUCCUCACUGGGAAGACUAUAUUGAGGUGGAGAACGAUGCAUGUUGAAGUUUCCCAAACUAGAAUUUGUCUGUUUAUGUGCUUGUUUGAAGCACCUUGGCAUAUUCUACUCUCUUAGAGGUGCUGUCUUAAUUCCAUUUGUUGAGUUCACUUAUUCAAAAAUGCGAUGAAUAAAACAAUGAUGUACAAUUGCAGCAUUAUGCUUCCCUUUGGAAAAGAAAGGUAUUUAAAUCCAGCUGAUUCUUUUCUCUCUUUCGGUGUGAACACUAAACAUUUUAAGACAAGACUGUAUUGAGUUUUGAGUAGAUGUGGAUUUUCCCAAUGAUGCAUGAUUCAUCAUCAGAGCUACAUUCAUAAGAAAGAACACUCUUUGUGAUUAUUGUUUGAAAUGUGAAAAAUAUACUUUGUAAAAAGUGCAAAAAUGCUACUGCAGCCUGGAAGAGAUUAUUAAGUUGGGGGUAUGAAAGCAUGGAGUUUGUUUCAGACAUAUAUGUGGUAACUUGCAAUUUACUGUUUGCCUUUUAACUAAGCCAGACCAUAAAUCUUCUAAGUUUAUUUUUGUUGAUGAACAUAAACCAUGAAAAUUGAACAUUUGAAAUUUAAAAAGCAGUAAUCGUGGUAGAGUUGUUCAGACCUCCUCUGACUGAAAUAUGAAGUUGCUUUUUAGGGGGAUCGUCAUUUGAUCUAACUUUCCGUCUGCCUUAUGACUGUCAUUCUUACUGCUGUGUAAUUCCAAAAACUUCUGAUUUCCUUGUAAUUUUGUUGUACAUUUUUUGUUAAUUUUAUCUGCAAAUUUAUGAUGUAAAUAUAUAUGGGAGGGGGUGAAGGUGGGCAUUGUGCAACAUGGUCACCUAACUCAGUUGAAGAUUGUUUUGGAUGUUCCAUUUGCCAUCACAUGGCUGUUGCUGUGCAUUUGCUGUUAUGUUGUGUAUGAAGAAACUUAGAUGACACUGCAGGCCCAGUGAAUGACUGCAUUUACACAACCAAUAUUGGCUCGGAAUAGAGAGCAGCCAUCAUAAAAGUUAGAGCCUUGUUCAGGUUUCUUGUGGCUUAUACCAGCCAAUCCACAAGCCUUUGAUUUUUAAAACAAAAAAAUGCAUCUUCCCAGAGUUAUGAAGGGUUUUCAAAUAAUAUCAGAUUUCAUUCUGCAUUUAAUUUCUGUGCAAAGUGUUAGUUGUGGGGUCAGCAUUUGGAAGUUUUUUUAACUGACUAUAGAGCACUUGAAUUAGAUGAGGAAAAUUUUAACCUGGUUUCCUAUCCCAUUAUCCCUUGGGUGAGGAUGGGCUCGGACCUAUCAAAGUUGAAUAGCUUACCAGCACUCACUGCUGACGCUAAACAUAAUGUUGCUGAUGCCUGUGAAAUCAUUGACAAAUAGCUUUUGGGAAAACAGGGGGAAGGUAGGUAGUGAGAAUUAGUAAGAGGUCCCUUAAGUCUGGAAUUAACAGCCCAGAAAGUGGCAAUCCCUAAGAAUUCUUACUACAGAAAUGCAUUUGUUAAUCCUUUUUUACAAUCUUUAAUUGUUUGCCCAUUUUACUUUUAAAACAAAAAUCAUAGUAUCUUUUGGUGUUUUUUUUUUGCAUGUCAAGUUGUAUUUACAGUUUUAUGCAUUACAAACCCGGUGUCCAUUUGAAAGAUUUAAUGUUAGAAUAUACUACUGAUCAUGUGGAAUGUAUUUUAAACUUGAGGUCAUUUUGAUCUAUGUGGCUUUCUCUUUUUCUCAGAAUAUGUUGACUGCAUAGAAAGAAAACUCAUUUGAGCCCUUUCAAACCCAUUAUCAAAAGUGUUGUUACUUUUAUAGUUUUAUUUACUAACAAAGUCAAAAAAAGUACCUGAAAAGUCUGACUAAAUCUAUGAAGAGUCUAACAUUUGUGAUUGUCUGGUCUCCAGAUUUUUUUGUUGUACAUUUGAGUCACAAAAUCAAACUGUACAAAGCUUCAAGUUCUUUGUCUUUAACAUGAAUUGGACCUGUUUGUGCAAUCUGGACUGGAAAGAGUUAUAAAUUAAUUAAUUUUAAAAAAAGAUGCUAAAUGAGGUGUGGUUAUUUUGAGGACUCUAUUUUCAAAAUGAGGAAUACCGAUUGUACAUUGUCAUGCAGUAGUUGUGCUCUCACAGACACCAAAGAUUAACCAAUAGCUUUAGGCUUUUGACUGUUCUGCUCUCAAAUUAACCACUUGACUUCGAUGUCUUUGUGUAAUACAUUUAUAAAGACAUGGUAAUAAAUGAGUUGUUUUUGAACUUAA